CUCCUUCUCCUCCUGCUCCUUCGCCUUCUUUUUUCUUCUUCUUUUCUUCUUCUUCUUCUCUGUUGUUCUUCUUCUUUCUCCUUCUUUCUUCCUCUUCUUCUCUUUGUCAUUGUUGUUCUUCCUUCUACUUCUUCUCGUUGUCCUUCUUCUCUUUGUUGUUCUUUUUCUUCUUUUUGUUGUUGUUGUUGUUGUUCUUAUUCUCUUUGUUGUUGUUGUUGUGUUCUAAUGCUACAUUGUGUUAGCUAAUGGUGUUGAAAGGCUCAUUGAUGAUUAGAAAACCCUUGUGCAGUUAUGUUAGCACAUGAAUAAAAGUGGGAGUUUUCAUGGAAAACAUGGAAUUGUCUGGAUGAACCCAAACUUUUGAACGGUAGUGUACCUAUGUCCUAAUUCUGUGCUGAGCAAAUUGCAAUGAAAUUUCAUUCUGUGUGAUUAAUAAAAUCUGUCUAAGUCUAAUUCUUUGAGCCAUGUUUAAUAUUUUGCUGAACAGCAAAAAGCUGCACUUUACAGACUCAUCCAGCAGGUGUCAGCGUUACUCUGCAAGUAAAUGAAGCAACUUUUGCAUGUGGCUGGCUGGUGUGAAUCAGAAAAGAGCUGCAAUAUGUUAAAAAUAAACAGUUUCAAACAUCUAUAUGUGUAAAUGCAUUUAAAUAAACUACUGCUAAUGUGAAGUCCUGUUUCCUGCAUGGAUGGUUGUGUUUAAAAAUGUGAAUCUGCUCAUGAGUUGAUCACAAAUGACUGACGUGGCGGCAGAUGAUAAAAUCUGCAGGAAUGAACGAGCAGGGAAGCCUGACGGACGCUCGGCUUCUCCCACCUCUGAGCAUCUCCCUCUUUAUUCGUUCCCCUGCAUCCCUCUCCCACUCCAUCCUCCCCCCUUUCCUCUCCCUGCCUCACCACCACCACCGCUCAGAAGCUCUCCACACUUCUUCCCCACAGCCUCUCUUUCCAGUCUCCAUCCCUGACAUUACUGUUCUUUCAUUAUCUUCCCUGUGAGUUUGUGUCUCUGCCACUCUUCCUAUGCUGACACCGAGGAAUGCAGAAUGAGGCGAGCUGUGGCUCUUUGGCUGCUGACAGUCGCGACUCUGCUGCGAGUGUCGCUGCAGGGUCCUCACCAGCGUUUUCUGCUCAGGGAGCUGCUCAGAGACUACAACCCCAUGGAGAGGCCGGUGGCCAACGACUCCCAGACGCUGACCGUCCAGUUCUCCUUCACUCUGAUGCAGGUCAUGGACGUGGAUGAGAAGAACCAGAUCCUGACCACCAACGCCUGGCUGCAGAUGCAGUGGUACGACCACUACCUCCAGUGGAACCAGUCUGAGUAUCCUGGAGUUAAGAACCUGCGUUUCACCCCCGACCAGGUCUGGACUCCUGACAUUUUGCUUUACAACAGCGCUCACGAUAAGUUCGAUGCCACCUUUAAGACCAACGUUCUGGUCAAUUCCAGUGGCUUCUGUGAGUAUCUGCCUCCAGAUGGACGCACCAAACAGUCUCCCUCCCUCAUUACAUCUGCAGAUGAUUUGUUUUCCUUUGGCUGUAAACCAUCCUGGCUUGUUAUUUCUGCAUUUCCAGGGAUAUUUGUGAGCACGUGCAGCGUGGACGUGAGGUGGUUUCCGUUUGACAUUCAGCGCUGCGAGCUCAAGUUUGGCUCGUGGACGUUUGACGGCUGGCUGCUGGACAUCCAGAUGAAGGAGGCAGACGUGUCCGGAUACAUGCCAAACGGAGAGUGGGACCUGCUGGAGGUCCCUGGGGGGCGACAUGAGGUUUUCUACGACUGCUGUGCUGAGCCUUAUCCUGACGUUACAUUCGUGGUAACGCUGCGAAGGCGAACGCUGUUCUACGCCCUGAACCUCCUCAUCCCCUGUGUGCUGCUGUCCUCCAUGACCCUGCUGGUCUUCCUGCUGCCCGCCAACUCCGGGGAGAAAAUCAGCCUGGGCAUCACGGUUCUGCUUUCUCUGACUGUCUUCAUGCUGAUGGUUGCAGAGAUUAUGCCCGCCACUUCAGAUUCGGUCCCGCUGAUUGGUCAGUACUUUGCCAGCACCAUGGUGAUUGUUGGGAUGUCGGUGGUGGCUACAGUCAUCGUCCUCCAGUUCCAUCACCACAACCCUAACAGUGGACACAUACCAAGAUGGGUGAACUUGGUUCUGCUGCAGUGGGUUCCUUGGUUCCUCCGGAUGAAACGUCCAGGCGAAGGAGCUGAACCAACUCUCUCCAGCAGCCAGGCAGAUUCUCAGAGUAAGACCCUGUCCUCUCCGACCACCACCACCACUACCACCACCACCAUCCCCACCCCGCUGCCCUCCAUCCUCCCCCAGAGCCUCAACUCCCUGCAGGCCAGCCUGGUGCAGCUCAACCACCCCCUGUCCCACAUGCUGCCCCACCGGCCCAACCUCCAGCCGGUCAUCCUCCCGAACCCCGUGCACAGAGACCCCAGCCCCAAUCCUCACCCCCAGCCCAACGGCCACCUGCCUUACAUGGGCUUCCAGAGCUUCCAGACCACUGCAGAACUGGAACCAGUGCAGAGGUGCAGAACCACCAGCCAUGGGAGGAGUAACAGUGGACUUGGUGGUGGAGAUGGAGAAGUAGCAGCAGCAGCAGUAGGAGGAGGUCCGGUUGGAGAUACACCGAUACACCACCACCUCCCAGCUUCAAAGUUUGGGAGCCCUCCACUGGAGCCUCCAGUUUGCCCGGACCCCAACCCAUCCACCUCCGGACCCUGCGGUUCAGAGGCUGGUGUCGGUAGAUCAGCUGCUGUUUAUUCUAACAGCGGAAUGGCCCGAUCUGUGGCGGUGGACAACCAGUUGCAGGCUCUUCUGGCAGAGGUUCAGUAUCUAGUUGAGCGGGUUCGUGAGCAGGACCGGCAGCUGAGUUUGGCCGAGCAGUGGCAGUUCGCUGCAGCCGUCAUCGACCGACUCUGCUUGGUCGGAUUCAGCGUCUUCAACAUCAUCUGCACCAUCGCUAUCCUCAUGGCUGCACCCAACUUUGGAGAAGCGCUGUCCAAAGACUUCCUCUGAGAGGCAACUAAAGAGAUUCAAGAGCUUUGUAGAUGUCAAUGGAUGAAGGAAGCACAAUUGUUGUCAGUGACACUGGGACAUGAAAUAGCAAAUAAUUCCUAUUUAUGAGCCGGACUGGACUGUGGCACACGACGAGCGGACUGUGAUUCAGAAACAUUCUUUUUUUGUUUUCUUUUAUUCCUGAUACACUUGCCUCGAUCAUCCUCACGCAUCCUUACAGUGUUUCAUUAAUGUUUUAAUGAUGGUUUGUGGUUUAACUGGUAAAAUCAUGGGAUAGUGAUUAUUUUGAACAUCUACAGUGUGCAGCAGAAGUGACCAAAGUGCAAAACACCUUGAAUGUAAAAGGACUCAGUCUCUCAAUAACUGCGUUACUUUUAAGUUGAACAGUACGUUAUUUGCCUCAAUGCAACAAAUGUCAGCAAACCUUUCGUUAUUUCAUUAUUUUUUCAAUACUUAGUAUAUACCAGUGUUCUACAAAGUCCUGCAGAGAUGCUCUUUAAUUCUUCAGAGACUAUUUAUUUCAGCUGUUCUUUGCUGGAGAUGUUGUGUUGCUCUGCCCUUCCAUUUAAAAUCCCCCAGAGGCAUUAUAUUGGAUUCCAGGCAAACAAAAUACUUGUCCGUGAAGUACUUUUUACUUCUUUUGUGUGUGCUUUGGACGGUUCUCAUGCUGGAAUAUCCAUCUUCUUCCAGCUUCUGCAGGCUGGGACUCAUCAUCCAGUGUGUUGGUUCAUCUACAGACGUUCAUCUAGAAAUGUCAUCAACACCUUCUGACCUCAUUCAGCCCCACAUCAUCACACUUCCACCUCCGUGCUUCACUGUCAGGACUAUUCAUCCACUGUGGUAGUCCUGGUCAGGUUCACACCAAACAUGCUGGACUCCAUCUGAACUCAUUUAUCUUCAUCUGACCAAAGAAUGUUCUCCAACAUUCGCUUCUUUUCACUUUUUUUCUUUAGUCAGCCACUGUGGCUGACAUUAUGCGCCGUCCUUCACACUGUCUGAGCUUCACAGAAAUUCUGCUUUCCAUUGACAACCCCUGUGCCAAGUCCGAAACAUCUUUUUCACAGCUAGAUUGUGAAAGUAGUUCACUGAGGAGUCAUUGUAGGAGGACAACCACUGCAGCCCUGAUUAGUGCUACUAUGGCUCCUUCUAUACCUCCUGAUUACUGCUGACACUGUGUUUUCACUGAUUUCUAGUUGAUCUCUAGAGUCAUUUUGCAUCUAUGUGAAGUCUCACAAUAAGAGAUCUCAGUUUCUCUGGCAGCUCUUUUCCAUGUGGAGCCAUGAUGCAGACAUAGACACAGUCCAUAAGCCCCAAACUGAGUAAGUUCUGCUGUUCACAGCUCAUUUUAGAAUAAUGUUUAUGCUGUUAGACUGGUUGGAAAUCACAGAUGGAUUCACUUUAGCUGACUUUCUACUUCUGGGUCUCUAUUUUCAAUCUAGUCUUUCCAAAAUGUUUGUUUUUGGUUCAUAAAAAGAAAACAUUGAUGCAAUUUUUCAACCAUUUCACGUCAAGAUAUUGACGUUGGUGUUCUCACUUCUGCUACAUACUGUGAAUAAGAAAAAGCGUUUUGUGAAGAAGGAAACUGAAAGAACUGCAAAGCCCGACUCCUAACCGUGUAUUAUUACUGCCAUGAUGUGAAACCACGGGAUGCAGCAGCUUGACAUUGAUGUGCUGCAUGUCAAAUACAGAGGAUUUACAUUCAAACGGGGUUCAUUUACAUAAAACCUCAUUACUGACAGGCAGUUUUCCACCAGGCAUCUUGUGUUUCCUGCACAUAUAUUUUGUCACCACUGAUGUUUGUUUUUUCUCUGCUUUUUCAGUUUUCAGUUACAUCGAAUUUCAUUUAACAUGACAUUAAAAAAUCAUUAUGAACACACAGAGAAGAAAAGUCUUUUCCACAAUAAUAAAUCCUGAAAAUUACCCGUGUUUUGGCUCAAUGAGACUGAGAAUUAAUCUCAGCAUCACUCUUAACUCAUGUUUGCUUCACAGUGCUCACUCUGAAGCAGAAAGAAAAAUAACAGAAAAAUAUCUAGAAAUCUGCCACUGGAAUAUUUUUCUGUCUCUUGCAAUUUAUUUCCUGUAAAACAUCACUCUGCAGAGCUCUGACAUCUGCCAUUUCUGAUUUGGAAGACACCAGUGAUUGUCCCUACAAGGUUGCUGCACAUAAAAGUAAUAGAUCCACUGUUUAGUCAUGAUGAGGAACAUUAUUUUAAUUAUUAUUAUUAUUGUGAAAUAGAAGAAAACAAUGCAACUCUGUGACUCUUCCUGUAAAGGAUGACAUGUAUUUUGCAGAACUCUUGGAGGGUUGUGACAGACUGAGCUGUAAAUAUUGUGAAAUAAAUGCUCUUUUGUAUUCGCCA